CGAAUAAUUAAAUUGUUCCAGAAAUAUAAAUGUUCUGUUCCCAAUCUUCUGCUAGCUCUAAUAUUUUCUUUUCGAUAUCAGAAAGGAAAAAUUGUACUUUGGAGAAGCCCCAAAAUCAAUUUCCAUCUGUCAUCUAUGGCAUCAACAUCGUCGUCAUGGGCAACAUUUUCAAUUAUCUUUUGAUAUGGCAAUCUUUUCGAGUUCCUGGAAUUUCUCCUAUUCAACUGAUUUACCCCUUUAACGGACACAGCAGCAGAGCAGUGUAAAAAAAGACAUUUACUUGCCGUUGCUGCCGCACCAUCGACCAGAUACACAUAUAGCUGAAUACAGUGGCUGAAUCGAUUUGUUUGUUUAUCUGAAAUUCUGGGAAAUCCCAUUUUACGCUGACGCUUUGACAAACGCACAUGACAAUUCAGUUCCAGGAAUCCAUAGCAGAUUCAUUCAACUUAAUUUUUUCUGACAGUUUCCAAAGAAAUCAUGAACAAUUCUCUGCAGACAUCAAGCUCUUCAUACGGACGUUCAGUUUUUGAACAUCCCUCGGAGUGGUAUGAUUCCUAUCAAGAAAAUGGCACAAAAUAUUUGAAAAGUCGCAAGAAAUUAGAUGAACAAUUGCAGAAUGAGUUAAAUGCCUGCGUUGGAGAGAUUUUUCUGGACGGCAUACCAGCCGAUACUAGACCGGAGAAAAUUGCUGAAAUAGCAUCGCAAUUGGGGGAAGUUUAUGUGUUGCGCUUUAAAGUAAAUUUUUCUGGAGAUUCAAGAGGUUUUGCCUAUUUGCAGUAUACGAAUCCGUCGCUAAUGAGUUUUGCCAUAUCAAAGCUGCCAACAUUAUUCCAACAAAAUUCCCUGCCCAUGAUACGUGUUCGCCAGUCACGCAACAGUUCGGUAUUAUUGCUGCGUAGAGUUCAUCACAUGACAGCCAACGAUGUAUUUGACGCUUUGGCCCGAGUAAUAAAUUUCCAUCUUUUGAUUUCACAUGAAAUAAGUGCGGGAAAUUAUGAAUAUUUCAUCAUCUUCAAAUGCAACGAAGAAGCUGUACAUGCCAGACGUGAACUUCUGCGAACUAUAACACAAUUUGGUCGGAGUGCGGUGAUCGUUUGGGAUAACGGCAAGAGCAAGCAUCGAAAUGGUUCAUUAACAUACAUUUACAAUAGGCAAAAGCUUGCAGCUCCUACUAUAAAUGGCAGACAUAUUCAAAUAUAUAGUAGUCGAGGUUCUGAUAAUACCGCACCACCUGGACGUGUAUUGCCCUACCAAGGAAAUGAGCCUCAGUUUAUGCCAUUCAUGAACUUACCAUUGCAGUGUGGUGCAAAUCAAUAUUCGGCUCCAACAAAUGUUUUAAACUAAGGGUUUUACGGGCCAUUCCCAGUACAUAAUUAGGAUCAUCAAUCAGCGAGAUUCCAUUGCUUUGUGUCAUUAUCAUCUCUCUUAUGAAUGUGGAUUUAUUUUGUAAAUCAUUUGAAUUUUUUUGUUGUGUUUUUUUU